AUGGGCGCGUUUUGCAAGCCUACCCUAAUCACCAGUUCCGUUACACCUGCGGGUUGCCUAUCCCAGCAGUGGAAGUCACCUGGUCAUGUGGCAAUCUAUUCUGACGCAGCCGUCUCGUCAUCAAGAUUGUCAGUCAAGCGCCGCGAGUUUGCAGACCUUAAACCGAUAUUCCUAGGCAUUUGGGAUUUCCUUGAUACGAUGAAGUACAAUCGACUCUUCAUGCCUAACGGACAGCGGAUCGACGUCCGUCCCUCGUUCGAAGGCUUCAAGUUCACUGUCGCCGACCAUAAUCUGUAUGGUUCAUUUCCUCCCGAGUGGCGGAUAAUUCUCUGCACAGAGGCCGCAGCUGAAGGCAAAGCUUCUCUAGCCGACAAUCAGCCAUCUCCUUGCAGCCAAUCCUCCUCUCAGUUCACUGCACCUACUUUGCAGACAGAUGUGUUGCACCUUUCAUCUAUCUCUAUGCCAUCGGCAGGAGACGUGAAGCCUGAGAGUGCUAUCACUAGACAAGUCGCUAUGAUAUUGUGGGCUACAUUUCUUUGGUAUUUUCAAGAACACGCGCCAAGUCCUCAUGUUCCAGUAUACGGUGAAAAUGAAUUGCCAGAACUCGCCCGUGCCACGGGCGAGUGGGUGCUGAAACUGAGUAAUGAUGGCAUUUUGCAAGGAAAGGACAGGAUGCAAAAACUUGAAAGAAUGGGCCUACUCGCGACUGCCGAUCCUUCGGUCGGUUCCCAAGACGAUCCUCAAGCCUUUAGCGAUAUGUUCAUCAGUCAACGAGCUUUUUGGCAAUUGGAUCCGAGAAUCUAUCUUUUUACACUGAGCCCUGCGCAGGGUUCUGCCAAAGUCAAAUGUUCAGACACUUUGUCAUCAUUGGAUUCUUUUGGGGUAGGAUUUCCGUUUGGAGCUGGCCCCCACACCUCUGGAACGUUCAUGCCUUCGUACUACCCACCGAUACCUCCACAGUAUACGUUUACUGACCACGUUCGGCACCCAAUUCGCCCUAGGGCUCCGAGACAAGGCGAAGUCUUUUAUACUAGAUAUGUUCCUAGUGGCGGUGAAUAUUUGACAUUUCGCGUACCUGUCGUCCCGAUCAAAGGUUCGCUAAGGGCACCAUCUACUACCGAGUUACCAAGCAGUUGGACUGGACCGAAUCUCUGCCUUGACUCGGAACUCAUGAGUGACCUGAAACUCUUCCAUCGAUGGGUCAAUCAAUAUUCUACCCACACGAGCUUACUACGAAAAGGCUCGCUAGACGUCCAGCUGGAAGACCUCAAAAUUCGCAUGUCGAGCAAAUCAUCAUUUCCUGCGCUCGCGUGUUGGGAUUCUAUGGCAGUUGGCUACUUUGAAAUAUUCUGGAUCCUUGAGGACCAUCUUGGGCUAUCAGUGGGCGAUGUUGGGGACUGGGAUCGGGGAACUCGUUUUUUCAUUGGGGACGACGAUUUCAACGACCCGAAGACCUUGGCGCUCUUUUUAAGCUCCGUGGUCCACUAUUGUUGGUUGUCUGAUCAAAGGACCUACGCAGUUUUUGUGGAAGUCCGCGCAGAUAAUGAAAGGUUCGUUUCCUGA